AUGGCGAAAAGACUCUUGGGAGUUGUGUACGAAAACACUGUUGCGAAGAAGAUUUACGAGGAUGCCAAGAACCGAGGACAGACGGCAGGAUUACUGGAGCAACACACCCAAGCAAGCGAUGUCUUCAGCACUUCGUUAGGCAAUAUUCCAGCGAGGCAGAAGGUAGUCGUGGAGGUCGAGUAUGUUGGGGAGUUGAAGAUGGAAGGUGGAAAUGUGGUGAAGCUUAUCAUUCCGAACAAAGUCGCACCGAGAUAUGGAAUGCCUGGCCCAGUAUCGACAGAUCUUGAUAUGACCACGAAUGGCGGCAUGAAGAUCACACAGUUGAUGUCCUGA